AUGCGACCCUCGAACCCGAGCCUGCUGAAGCUGCUGGCGCUCCCGCUGUCACAGCCAAAGUCGACAACCCACCCACCGCCGUUCCUGCUCCAUGCCGUGCGCCAGUCGCUCCAAACCGCCAGCGCCGACGCGAAACGUCAAGAUCAGCCCGCCGUGACCCGCUACACGCACAAGGCGAUCGACAAGGCUGCAGACUUGUGGGCUGGACUCGGAAAGGCAGACGAGGGCACGUGGAAACGCAGGGCAUACGUGCUGGGAGAACGCAUGAUGGACCGGAUAGAGUACGAGGAGUGGGCGCUCAAGGCCAUCGACCCCGCCCUCGCACCCAAACUCGUCUCGUCAAAGGACUCGGCGCACGUCAAAGAGACGGUCGACGUGCUGUUUCCGCCGUCGCUCCUGGACGACAAGGCGCUGCUCUCGUCGCUCAAGGCUUCGCUUGAGCAUCGGGAACCGCAUCAUCGCAGCGCAAUGUGGAGAUGUUUGCUACUCGCGCCUGUAACGCUUCCCUUCGCCAUCGUCCCUGUCGUUCCCAACUUCCCCUUGUUCUACGUUUUGUGGCGAGCAUGGUCCCAUUUCCGAGCAUGGAAAGCCUCUCAAUACCUCUCGUCCCUCAUCGGCUCCCCCUCCCUGCGCCUCCUCCCCUCCUCAGACCUCGACUCGAUCUACUCGCCCACCCCCUCCUCUUCCCCUCCUCGGCUACUUCUCACGCCCGAUCGAGUACCCAAACUCGUCGAACGGUUCAAGAUGGACGAAGAGGAGAGGAAGGAGUUGGAGCGCGCGGUGGGGCAGAGCGAGAAGAGGUUGGGGCAGGUUAGCGAGGUGGAAGAGAGCGAGGCGAUGGCUGGGACGAAGGAGGUGGAGAAGAAAGACUAG